UUGUCACGAAACUAACAAGGAUUUGCAGAGCCGAUAAUCUUCUGAAGAACAUUAAAAUAUUGUUUUCGCCAUUAAACGUCACAAAAUAUGAAAGCAGAAAACUAUGUAGAGUUGUCUGAUGUGGCAGUUGGAAUUAAUGAUAGAACCACAUUUGACGAUCCUAAUGGUGAGCAGCAAGCGUCUGGCUACGAAGAACAUGAGGACAAAGAAAAUGUCUCCGUAUGUAAUAAUGAAUACUCUUCUCUGCUUUACAAGAUCGACGACGUGCCGCCGUUUGCUGUCAUGAUCACAGUUGCAAUUCAGAAUGUUUUAUUGGGGCUAGGAGGUUGCCUUACCACUGCCUACUUCAUCUCUGACGUCAUAUGUGCACCUACAGAUCAUCCAAUCAGAGCAAAGCUGUUUUGCACUACUUUAUUUAUGACUGGCUUUUGCACAAGUUUAAUGCCGCUUAUUGGUGUAAGGUUGCCGAUCUACCAAUCGGUGUGUUCAACCUUCUUGGUCCCGCUGAUGGCCAUGAGGAAUGAUGAUAGAUGGAACUGUAACCUCCAACGAGAGCGGUAUUCCGAUUUGGCCUUGACUAAUUCAACCAACAGUACGAUAACGCCCCUGGACAAAGGCGGAGAUGAGCUUGAAUAUGAGAUGUAUAUUAAACUGAGGGAGAUGAUGGGGUGUCUCCUUCUCGCCUCAUUGCUUGAGGUCCUGGUAGGGGCCACGGGCCUCGCCGGCAAGCUGCUCAGGUUUAUUGGCCCCCUCCCAAUCUCGGUCGUUGUGGCGCUGAUUGGACUGUCCCUCUACAAGAUACCCAUGGAAUACGCCAAAACCCACUGGGGCUUGACAACAUUAUGUAUUUCGCUUAUAGUACUGUUCAUGCUGUACCUUGACCGGGUCCAGGUACCAAUUCCAAGUUUUAGCUGCCGAUCAAAGCAGGCGGAAACCAACUCGAGGCUUCCAAUGUUCAAGUUGUUUCCGAUGCUGUUCAGUAUUGCCAUAACAUGGGCAGUAUGUGCUAUUCUGACAUCUUCCGGCUACUUUUCCGACGACCCGGAGUCCCCAGACUACAGAGCAAGAACGGAUGUUAGAACCAAUAUUAUUCAUUCAACCCCGUGGUUUUACUUUCCAUACCCAGGUCAAUUUGGUUCACCUCUUUUCAACACGACCAUAUUCGUUGGUUUUCUUUCAACCGUGGUGUCUUCGAUAUUUGAAACAAUCGGGGAUUACUAUGCAACUGCAAGCUUAUCGUUGGUGCCCCCGCCUCCCAAAAGUGCAGUAAACAGAGGCAUUUUUCUCGAAGGAAUCGGGAGUGUUAUAUCAGGAGCUGUCGGAGCAGGGCAUGCCACAACGUCAUCCACCGGAAACCUAUCUUUGAUUGGAAUUACAAGGGUGGCAAGCAGAUCCUGCCUUGUCGCGACAGGUGUUAUGACAAUGCUGCUCUCGGUGAUAGGCAAAUUAGGAGCAGUAAUUUCCACAAUGCCUGAUCCCGCGGUGGGAGGCUCAAUGUUUAUUGUGUUUGGAAUCAUGGCGGCGAUUGGUUGCUUUACUCUGAGGGCAGUAGAUCUCACUUCCGCAAGGAAUUUGUCCAUAUUCGGCAUUUCGCUGUAUGUAGGGAUUGUUAUUCCAGAGUGGCUGGAUAGAUACCCCAAAGGGUUUGACUUAGGCAAUGAAACUGCAAAUGGUGUCAUAAAAGGCAUAUUAGGAGCUCCAAUGUUUCUAGGGGGAAUAGUAGCCGUUUUCUUGGACAACACUGUAAAAGGAACUGCUCGAGAAAGAGGUAUGCACACCAGAGAAAGAAACUUUGCUGCCUCCCAGAAUGUAGAGGUUUCCGGAUCCGCUAGGACAAUAUAUGACCUGCCCUAUGUGGAUGUGAUAGGAAAAUACCUUCCAGGGAUUCACAAACUUCCUUUCAUACAAAAUAAGGUUCACUGACUCUUCCAUUUUUUUAAUUAAUUUAUUAUACAUUUAUAUAUAUAUUUGUAUCUUAAAAAAGGAAAGCAUAAAUGUAUAUUGUUACCCUAUGUUUUAUAAUUAAGUUAUUAUACUAGAAUUACUAACCCUGAAAGAAAUGUUGUGUCUCUUUUACAUUUUUUAACAGAAAGGAAUGAAAGGUGUUAAGUUGUGAUUAUUAAAACGAAACAAAUGAGACACAGUUAUCAUCGUAAUCAAAUAAAGGUGUAGGGAACAGUUAACGUAUUAAUGCAUGUUAAGGACUGUCCAUACUGCACUUCUGUGAUUCCAACAUUAGGUUAGGUACGAAAUAAAAUAAGUUUUGUCUAAAAAUUAUUUGAUAUCUCUUUAAGCAUCGACUUAUAAACAUUCAUUGUUGAAUGAUUAACACUUCAAAGAUUCUUCAUGUUCAAAUGUACACCACUGCAUAUCCCUUGACGAACAAUUGAAUCAUGGAACCAGUUGUUGUUAAAUAAACA